CCCGUAUGGUCUACUGCUAUGGCUUGAAACGAUGCCUUGGAACAGGCCGAUCGACAGCGUCUGUCGUCUCGCUCCCGACACGUCGGAGCCUGCAUCGUGAUGGCAGACACCGGCUGAGCAACUUCUGGGCACCGACGCAACAGAAAGCGUCUACAAAAACCGCGCGCGAAGAUGGCCAUGAUCUGCUCGUCCGAGCCGGCUUCCUGCGCCAGGCUCAGUCCGGCAUUUUCCACCUUUUGCCCCUGGGAUUGAGGGUCCAGGAUAAGAUCGAACGCUUGAUUGACAAGCACAUGCUCAGUCUCGGCGCCUCCAAGGUCUCGUUGUCCACUUUCUCGUCCGAGGAACUGUGGCGGCGGUCUGGACGCUUGGACAAGGGCCGCGGGUCGGAGCUUUUCAGUCUCGAGGACCGUAAAGGCACGAAAUUGCUGCUCUCUCCAACACACGAGGAAGAGAUCACCAAUAUAGUUGCCAACGCUGUGCACUCACACAAGCAGCUACCGUUGAGGCUGUACCAGGUGUCCCGAAAGUAUCGGGAUGAGGCACGUCCACGUCAAGGACUGCUUCGUGGGCGAGAGUUUCUUAUGAAGGACCUGUAUACGUUUGAUUCUACCGACGACAACGCACGCUGCACCUAUGAGGAGGUUCGACGGGCCUACUGCGCGUUCUUGGAUGACCUGCGCUUGCCGUAUGUAGUGGCUAAUGCCGACUCCGGGAACAUGGGCGGCAGUCUCAGCCAUGAGUAUCAUUUUGUAUCGGAAAAGGGCGAAGACACUGUGAUCACAUGCAACCAAUGCGACUUCUCUGUCAACGAGGAACUCUUCGUUGGCCGUCCAGAGAAAGUUGCGAGCGCGGCACAAGCGUCGAUAGAGACGCAGCUUGCCUUCUUCGUGAGCAAGGACCGGAAGACGCUGCUGAACGUGAUAUACCCGGCAGGCUCUGAUGUCAACAUCUACGCCGUCAAAGCAGUGUUCCCAGAUGUAGAUGCAAGUGUCGAAGAUGCCGCGAGUGUGUGGAAGCGUACAGAGGGCGCCAGAGACAUAGUAAUUGUGUUCGACCCCAGGAUUACCAACCCCAGGAAGACAGCGACUAUGAUGGAGAAGCGCGGCGAUUGGAGGACACUUGGUCCUGUCAAUGUGGAAGCGCGACUGCUCGAGCCUCUGGUCGGCGGAGAAAUGAUUCUCCUAACACAGGCACGCGAAGGUGAUAACUGCCCACGCUGCGAAAGCGGUUCGCUCAAGCUGCAUAGCGCUGUCGAGAUCGGACACACCUUCCACCUCGGCACCCGUUACAGCGAACCUCUAGCCCUCACAGUCACGGAUCAGAACAACCAACAGCGCCAUGUCUCAAUGGGCUGCCACGGCAUCGGCGUCUCACGGCUGGUUGGCGCUGCAGCAUCGCUGCUUGCUGAUGAAAAGGGCCUCAACUGGCCGCUGGCUAUUGCGCCGUUUAGCGCCAUCAUCGUCACAGCCAGUGCCGGCACGGAGGAUGCAGACAAGGUGCAUGACCUGCUGGAGCACGUUGGUGUGGAUGCAGUGGUCGAUGAUCGCGAGCAGAAGGUAGGGUGGAAGCUGAAUGAUGCCGACCUUGUAGGCUAUCCGUUCAUUGUUGUGCUUGGCAAGGCUUGGGCGGAUAGACAAGCUAUCGAGCUGCAAUGUCGGCGACUGGGUUUCAAGGAAGCGAUCGAUCUAGGAGAUCUUGCUGCGAAGGUGCAAGAACUCAGUCAGCGGCUGUGAUGGCGACAUAAAUGGUCAGUGAGCCGUCAUAAUAGCCAUGCACGUAAACUCCACGAUCGAGCGUUACCACUUGUAUUGUCGUGAUUAUUUGAGGCAGUCGUCAUAGUCCAGGUAUCAUACCCCUAGGUGAAGCGCGCAUUCCCUCCGUUGUUGGUAUCUGCAGCGUUGA